CUCUUUAGUUUUUUAGAAGAGUUUGAAAAGAAUUGGUAUUAGUUCUUCUUUAAAUAUUUGGUAGAAUUCAGGUCAUCAGUGAAGCCGUCAGGUCCUGAGUUUUCUGUAAAUUUUUUUCUCUCAAAUUUCUGAUAUAAUAUUUCACUUCUGUCUUUUAGAAUUGGUAGGGUGUCUCCCUUUUUCACAGAGAACAUACAGGCUUUUAAAAAAAAAUCUGUUAGGUGAGUUGCAGAUUUCAUGAAAAGGCAUCAUUAAAUGACAUUACUUGGAUUAAUGUCAGUUUAUAAGAACCUGCCUAGCACCCAGAAAGCUCCCAAUGACUGAUCAAUGAGUUUAUUUCCUCCCCUAAGGCCUCUUUUCCCACCUGGAAGAUAAAAUCAAGGCAGGAGUCUUCACCCAGGGUAGUUUUCACCCCUGAGGCUAGUGGGCUGGAUAACCUGAGUCCUCUCUUCUCUAACUCUUACAGUGAUGCCCUGGCACCCUUCUGACAUUGCUUCUAAAUUUGAACAGUGUUGUAACCUUGUGGAAACUAGAACCACUGCCUGCCCUGACCCCCUAGAAAAGCAGAUACAUGUUGGCACAAAGGAUGUUUUCAAUAAAGACUUUGUAGUAGUAUCUUAAAAGACUAUUUAGUAGCAAAUACUAAAAUGUAUUUAGACUUUUAGUCUAGUCUUAAAAUACUUUGUAGUCACAAAUAAAGACUAAGAAAAUAGUUUUAUGUUAUGAACAUUUAUGAUCUUGGGAAUAAUUCCAGGCAUCAUUGUUCUUAAUUUCUUUUAAAUUCUUAAUGACUUACAAUCCUACCUUCAUGCCUGAUAAAAAAUAUGACAGUUUAUUCAGUAGUUUUUUUUAAUUCUUUUACAGUAAGUGGAAAUGUUUUCUAAUAUUUAAAAUAAAAAAUCCUACAGAAGAAGAAAAUAAUUUUCUGGAUCAAAUUAGAAGUCUGUAUUAUAUUGUUAUCUCCAGAUUCAAAUAUAUUAGAAAGCAGCAGUGGAGACAACCAUAUUCAUCUUUGGGAGAAAUAAAGAUAUGUAUUAAGCUCAAGAUGAUAGCCUAAGUAACUUCACACAGCAUAUAAGAAGCUUUUAGUUACGGUUAGGCAGUACUCAGAGUUUUAAUCUUCACACUUUUCAAGACAUGCAAGUUUAAUAAUUGUCAUCUGUAACGAUAUUUUUAAAACUUCAUGCCCCUAAUUACUGAAGCUGGGUGAUGAGAAUGUAAGGGUUCCCUAUACUACACUGUUUAUUUUUGUAUAUAUUUAAGUUUUUCCAGAUUUUAACAAAAAACCCACAAACUAUAGUAACACCUCAUUUGUUCCUUACUGAGUUUUCCAGGUAAAUUGAAGUUUGUCAGAAGCUUAUCGUGCCCAUGCUAGUUGAAGGUCAUGGCAAUCCAUUUUCCCCAAGCUUUCUUUAAAUCAAGCACUGGGGUGAUAUUCAUGUUGGUUGGAUGUGACCAUUGUCACUGAGUCUCGGAGCUGCUCACCAGAGUGGCUGCUGGGGCCCAUGAGUCUGUUCGCUUCCCUCUAGCAGCCAGUCUGCCUGCCUUCCCUGCAGAAAUGACUUUAGGCCGCCAGACAGCCCUGUCCCCUGAGGUUGUUCUGGAGACACUACACCACGUUUCUCUAACCUGUUCUCUUUUCAGUGUCAAUCUUCUUCUGCAGUCUUUUUGAUUGCAGAAGAGACAGGAUACAUUGAAAACGUGUUGACUUGCUUGCUUAUUUGCAGGCCACCUCAAGCAUUAGAACUACCAACAAACAACCCUGAUGCGACCUCUCCAGAUUGUCCCAAGUCGAUUGAUUUCCCAGCUAUUUUGUGGCCUGAAGCCUCCAGCCUCCACACGAAACCAGAUUUGCCUGAAAAUGGCUCGGCCAAGUUCAAGUAUGGCAGAUUUUCGGAAGAGUUUUGCAAAAGCAAAGCACAUAGUCAUCAUCUCAGGCGCAGGUGUUAGUGCGGAAAGUGGUGUUCCGACUUUCAGAGGAGCUGGAGGUUACUGGAGAAAAUGGCAAGCCCAGGACCUGGCGACUCCCCUGGCCUUUGCCCACAACCCAUCCCGGGUGUGGGAGUUCUACCACUACCGGCGGGAGGUCAUGGGGAGCAAGGAGCCCAACGCCGGGCACCGCGCCAUAGCCGAGUGUGAGACCCGGCUGGGUAAGCAGGGCCGGCGAGUCGUGGUCAUCACCCAGAACAUCGAUGAGCUGCACCGCAAGGCUGGCACCAAGAACCUUCUGGAGAUCCACGGUAGCUUAUUUAAAACUCGAUGUACCUCUUGUGGCGUUGUGGCUGAGAAUUACAAGAGUCCAAUUUGUCCAGCUUUAUCAGGAAAAGGUGCUCCAGAACCUGGAACUCAAGAUGCCAGCAUCCCAGUUGAGAAACUUCCCCGGUGUGAAGAGGCCGGCUGCGGAGGCUUGCUGCGCCCUCACGUCGUGUGGUUUGGAGAAAACCUGGAUCCUGCCGUUCUGGAGGAGGUUGACAAAGAGCUCGCCCGCUGUGAUUUAUGUCUAGUGGUGGGCACUUCCUCUGUGGUGUACCCAGCAGCCAUGUUUGCCCCCCAGGUGGCUGCCAGGGGCGUGCCAGUGGCGGAAUUUAAUACGGAGACCACCCCAGCUACGAACAGAUUCAGGUUUCAUUUCCAGGGACCCUGUGGAACGACUCUUCCUGAAGCCCUUGCCCGUCAUGAAAAUGAAACUGUUUCUUAAGUGUCCUGGGGAAGAAAGAAAUUAGAGUAUAUCUAAGAACUAGGCCACGUGCAGAGGAGAAAUGGUCUUACGGGUGGUGAGCUGAAUAUUGAACAAUCUAAGAAUAGCCUCUGAUUCCCUAGCUAGAAUCCAACCUGUUGAUAAGCGAUGGGGGCUUAGAAGUAGCAAAGAGCACCCACAUUCAAAAGUCACAGAACUGUAAAGUUAAUGCAUAUUUUUGGUCUGCACUGAAACGUAAGAAUAACUUUGAUGUAUAUGGUUGGUUAUUGGGCGGGAAAAAUUUUGUAAAUUAGAUUGUCUUAAAAAAAUAUAGUUAUCCUGAUCAUAUUUUUGUUAUUUGGGCAAGGUAGAAGUCGAGGGGUAAAAACCCUACUAUUUAAUUCUGAUUUUUGCACAAGUUUUAGUGGAAAAUAAAAUCACACUCUAUAGUAGGUAAUUUAUUAUAUAAAGAUGUUACCCCAGGAUAUGGCUUUAUGGGGGACCUUUUUUUUUUUUUUUUUUGAGACAGAGUUUCACUCUUGUUGCCCAGGCUGGAGUGCAAUGGGGCGAUCUCAGCUCACUGCAACCUCCACCUCCCGGGUUCAAGAGACUCUCCUGCCUCAGCCUGCUGAGUAGCUAGGAUUACAGGCGUGCACCACCACGCCCGGCUAAUUUUGUAUUUUUAGUAGAGAUGGGGUUCCUCCAUGUUGGUCAGGCUGGUCUUGAACUCCCAACCUCAGGUGAUCCGCCCACCUCGGCCUCCCAAAAUGCUGGGAUUACAGGCAUGAACCACCGCGGCAGGCUUACUGGGGGCUUUUUAACCUUAUUUGGCUACAUUACCUCAGUGAACAAGAGGCAGCUCACAACAGGAACUCAUGCAAAGAAGGAAGAGAAUAGUACCAACAAGGUAGAACAUCACGAUGAGAAGAAAGAACGAUGCAAAUAUGUGAACCCCCAGGAUAAACACAGCUGCCUAAAAUUUAGCUCUGGCUCCCUUAGAAGGGGGAAGAGUCAACAGUGGACUGUUUCUCAACGUCACAAAUGCAGAAGCAUAUGGUUCCUGUGGGACCUGCCAGCCGUUCCCAGACACUGAACUCUGUUGGGAGUUUUUUCCAUGGGAUUUUAAAAAAUGAUGCCCUUAUGUUGGGCCAGACCUCUGUUAACUUCAGUAGGGAUGGCACCAGGUUCAAGGGGCCAAAGAAGAGACCUGGAGCCAGUGAAGGAAACAUAGGGUAUAUUUGGGGAACUUUACAGGGUGGUCCAGUGGCAGCGGGCUGGACAGAACUGCAACCACUUAAAAAAAGCAUGCAGUUUAUAUAGCACUUUCACUCAGCACCCUCCCCGCAGCAACCUCCAAUGGCAAACCUCAUUUCUUAAGUUAUUGCUGUCAGUUGCAUCUGCCAUACAGGGUCAUUCUCAGGGGAUGCUUAAGUUAUUUCCGUCGGGUACAUUUUCCAUACACUUUACUACCUUGGAGUAAAGUAGCAAGAAUACAGCUUUUUCCCUAACCUUUACCAGCUAACUCAGUGCUUAGGGGCCUUGGAAUGCCUGCUGCCCAACAAGUGUCAGAGGCCUGACUGGGAGGCAUGGCCAUUAUCAACAGUGUAUGAAGGUCAUACAUGACAGGGUCCCUUGGAUCCAGUGGGCUUCCUGAAGUGAUAACAUACUUGGACCACAUCACCUCAGCCCCUUGCACAAUUGCAUUUAAUGUUACACCCUUGGCUUUUGUAGAAACAGGCAACAAGAUACUGUCAUAUAAAACUUUGUACUGCAUUACAAGGCAUAACCUUUAAUUAAUCCCAAUGGUACUUUUUGUGGGGAAGAGGGAUGCUCAUAGCCUAUGGGGCGGCUGGAGAACUAGUCAGGGACCCUGAGGGCUCAAUUUACACUUUACAUGGGUGGGCCAAGGAGUUUACACUGAGGGCACUGGUAAUACCUGUAAUAGUCUUAUAGUACUUAUAAAGCAGUUUUGCACAUAAAAUACCGUCAUGCACUUAUAAGAAGUUUGUUCCUGGGCUGCUCCAAAUUAACUGUAUUCAUUUUCCUAGUGUUAGCACAGUAUCUCAGGGAGUCUGAUUGUAUUUUUGAUUUGUAAUCUCUAUCUUAGACUAAGACCUAGAGAUUUCAAACUGUUCUUUGCAAUUCUUCUCAUAAUGAACCUCUGGUUCGGCAGCUUUUUUUUUUGUUCUUAAGUUUUACCAUUUUUGUUCCUAUUUGGUUUUGUUGUUUUUAAAUUGGGAACUGCUUCUAAAACAGAAGACAUGAAAGGAGAAUUAAAAACACAAUAUAUGUGUGAGAUAGAAUUAUUCAACUUAACAUUUAUUAAACAUCUGCCAUAUGAUAGACAUUAGAAAUAAAAUGACUAGCAAGACCUGGUCCUUCCCCUCAGGAGUUCACAGAACGGCUGGAGCAACUGUCAUAUCAACUGUUAUGCAGCGCAGAAACUACAUAGACAUUUGUGCGGGUUCAGACCACAGCAAAUAGAGAUGGGCAGAGUGGGAUGGGGUAGGGGGUAAGGUGCUUGACGUUUGCCUGGGUGGGAAUUUUUGAAGUAUGAAGAGGACUUCUGCCUGGGGGACUGCAGCAGUAGAGGGAAGAGCACGGUCGGUACAAUUGCAUUGCAGGUGUGAAACGGCUUGAUUUGUUCAAAGAAUGAUGGAUCAUUUAGUAUUGUAUAAUGGAUGGGAGGAGAGAAACACAGCGAUCACAAAGGGCCAUGUUUGCCAGGAAAUAAAAUAUACUUGGAAAAAAA